ACAUGAUUCAUUCCACGUGGAGGACCCAAUUCCUUAUUUUUCCCUCUUUUCCCAAUUGUCAAUUGAUAUAUUCCUCCAUUGAUUCUUUCUUUCUUACAACAAUACAUUCACCUCAUCAUCAUCAUCAUCCUCUCUGUCUCUGUAACAAUGGCGGAUGUAAAGCUCUCAGAAACAUACGCGUGCGUCCCCUCCACCGAACGAGGGCGAGGAAUUCUUAUUUCUGGUGAUCCCAAAACCAACAACAUCCUCUACUGUAAUGGAAGAUCUGUCAUCAUUCGCAACCUCGACAACCCUCAGAAAGUUGAAGUCUAUGGAGAACACGCUUAUCCUGUUACAAUUGCACGAUAUUCUCCCAAUGCGGAAUGGAUCGCUUCCGCUGAUGUUUCUGGGACUGUCAGGAUCUGGGGUACCCAUAAUGGGUUCGUCUUGAAAAAUGAAUUUAAGGUUCUUUCGGGUCGGAUUGAUGAUCUUCAAUGGUCUCCUGAUAAUCUUCGGAUUGUCGCUUCUGGUGAUGGAAAAGGAAAAUCGUUUGUUCGAGCUUUCAUGUGGGAUUCUGGAUCUACUGUUGGAGAGUUUGACGGGCAUUCUAGGCGGGUUCUUAGUUGUGCGUUCAAACCAUCUAGACCAUACCGUAUUGUGACUUGUGGGGAGGAUUUUUUGGUCAACUUUUAUGAAGGCCCUCCAUUCAAGUUUAAGCAGUCUCUAAGGGAGCACACAAAUUUUGUCAAUUGUGUGAGGUUCUCCCCAGAUGGGAGCAAGUUCAUAACUGUCAGUUCUGACAAGAAAGGAAUAAUUUAUGAAGGAAAGACAGGACAAAAACUUGGAGAGUUGUCUGCGCAGGACGGACAUCAAGGUAGUAUUUAUGCUGUUAGUUGGAGCCCAGAUAGUAAGCAGGUGCUGACUGUAUCAGCUGAUAAAACUGCGAAAGUAUGGAAAAUAUCUGAAGAUGGUAAUGGGAAGGUUGCUAAAACAUGGACUUCUGGGUCUGGUGGAGUGGAGGAUAUGCUGGUUGGAUGUCUAUGGCAGAAUGAUCAUCUAGUUACCGUUUCACUUGGUGGUGUUGUGAACAUAUAUUCUGCAAGUGAUUUGGAGAACGAUCCUCUCACCCUCUCUGGACAUAUUAAAAAUGUAUCUGCUUUGAUUAUGUUCAAGAGUGACCAGAGUACGGUACUCUCAUGCAGCUAUGAUGGACUAAUAAUUAGAUGGAUUCGUGGUGUUGGAUAUGCCGGGAAAAUAAACAUGAAGGAUCACGCGCCAAUCAAAUGUUUUGCUGCAGUUGAAGGCGAGAUCAUUUUUUCUGGAUUUAAUAACAUGGUGUGGAGAGCUCCCAUCCAAGGAAAUGAAUGUGGACCUGUUGAACAAAUUGAUGUAGGAAGCCAGCCAAAGGACUUGAGUGUUGCUCUAAAUGCGCCUGAAACUGUCUUAGUUGCUACUGAUUCAGGCGCUGUGCUGCUUAACGGUUUGAAAGUAUUGUCAAGCAUUAAUCUUGGGUUUACAGUGACUGCAUCUUCAAUCUCUCCUGAUGGAACUGAAGUUAUCUUGGGUGGGCAAGAUGGAAAAUUACACAUAUAUUCCGUCUCAGGAGAUACUUUGACAGAAGAGGCUGUUCUUGAAAAGCAUCGGGGUGCUAUUACUGUAAUACGUUACUCUCCUGAUGUUUCCAUGUUUGCUUCUGGUGAUGCCAACCGGGAGGCUGUUGUUUGGGAUCGCUCUACCAAACAGGUUAAGCUUAACAACAUGUUGUACCAUACUGCUCGUAUAAACUGCUUAGCCUGGUCCCCUGAUAGCACCAUGAUUGCUACUGGAUCUCUUGAUACCAAUGUCAUAAUUUAUGAACUUGGUAAACCUGCUUCAUCCAGAAAGACAAUAAAGGCUGCUCACUUGGGGGGAGUAUAUGGUGUGGCAUUCGCUGACGAAUGCAGCAUUCUUAGCUCUGGUGAGGAUGGCUGUGUACGUCAAUGGACAGUGACCCUACAAUGAAGACAUUAAGGUGAAACUGAAAGAGCUGCCAUUCGGAUGCUGAAGGAAUAUUCUUUAUGGUGUAUUAUAUUUUAAUGUGCUUUGCCUGGUCCAUGAUUAUUUAUGUUCGAUAGGUUGCUUACUUCCCAGAUCCAGAUGAACUGAGGAGGAAAGGUGGUUGAUUGUUGUGGACUUGCAUUCUUGUGCAGGCUUGCAUUUGUGGACUUUAUAUUUGGUUUCUUUCUCCUUUCGUUCCAAAUAUGUUCGAUGCCAUUACCAAAGCUUAAAGUCGGCGUAAGAUUUUGAUUUUUAUAGGAAGGGAUUUCUGUUUAUUUAUUUAGCUUAGUUAGACAUGAUUAAGUUUUUUGAGCUUGUUAAGCCCUCUUGACAUAUUCAUCUUCAAUUUUGGUUUUUCACUCCGAAAGGUUUAACAUUUUAUUUUUCGGAAACAGUAUUUACUGCGAGUUUGUGACAUGUUAAUGCUUGCUUUUUUGAUGUUCUAUUUAUCGUAUAUUGCGAGUUUGCUUCUCGUGUUAGUA